AUGGAUGGAAGCAAUCACUCCAGAGUAUCAGAGUUUGUGUUCCUGGGACUCACGAAUUCAUGGGAGAUUCAGCUUCCCCUUUUUGUCUUCUCCUUUUUAUUCUACGUUGCGAGCAUGGUGGGAAACCUCGUCAUUGUGUUCACUGUAACCUUGGAUGAUCAUCUCCACUCCCCCAUGUACUUCCUUCUUGCUAACCUCUCAGUCAUUGAUAUGCUAUUUUGCUCAAUCACCGCUCCUAAAAUGAUCAGUGAUAUCUUCAAGAAGCACAAAGCCAUCACCUUUUGCAGUUGUCUCACACAGAUCUUCUUUAGCCAUGCAGUUGGGGGUGCUGAGAUGGUGCUGCUCAUCGCAAUGGCUUUUGACAGAUAUGUGGCUAUUUGUAAGCCUCUCCAUUACCUGACUAUCAUGAGCCCACGAAUGUGUCUAUUCUUUCUAGUCACCUCCUGGAUCAUUGGCUUCAUCCAUUCAUCAGUUCAAUUAAUUUUUGUAGUAGAUUUGCCUUUUUGUGGUCCUAAUAUAUUAGACAGUUUUUAUUGUGACCUUCCCCGGCUCCUCAGACUUGCCUGCACAGACACCCACGAACUGCAGUUUAUGGUCACUAUCAAUAGUGGGUUCAUUUCUGUGGGUUCUUUUGUCUUGUUAGUCAUUUCCUACAUCUUCAUUCUAUUCACUGUUUGGAAACAUUCUUCUGGUGGUUUAUUGAAGGCCCUCUCCACUUUGUCAGCUCAUAUUACUGUGGUGGUUUUGUUCUUUGGGCCACUGAUGUUUUUCUAUACGUGGCCUUCUCCCACAUCACACCUGGAUAAAUAUCUUGCUAUUUUUGAUGCAUUUAUCACUCCUUUUCUGAAUCCAAUCAUCUACACAUUCAGGAAUAGAGAGAUGAAUGUGGCAAUGAGCAGACUGUAUAGUCGUUUUAUGCAUUACAGGAAGAUUUCCUAA